UCCCAUGUGUACAAGACUACAUGUGUUGCCCAGGAAACAAAAUCACUCUUCGAGGAUAUAUGUGAUUGUAUCCCAUGGAUUCAAAAGGCAUUUGAUCAAGCAAGAGCAGUUGUCACUAAGAUUCACAAGCAUUAUGGAAUCUUAUCAUCGAUGAAGCAGUCCACAAACUACUGGCAGUUGCAACAAUCAUCAAGAACAAAAUUUUACUCAAACUAUUAUUUGCUUCAAUCAAUCAUGAGGCUUGAAACUAAGCUGCGAUCACUUGUUUCAUCAUCUGAGUGGCUUUCAUUGGGUUUAGAGAAGGAUGAUUCAGGCAUAGAAGUGGGUGAGAUCAUUCGCAGUUCUGAAUUUUGGACUGAAGGGAAAAAAGUCUUGCAUGCUUUAGAACCGAUAUUUCGAGUCCUCUGUCUAGUUGAUGGCUACAGCGCUACUUUUGGGUUCUUGUAUGCAGCCGUGGAAAUGGCAGAUGAGGCUAUUAGACAAAUAUAUGAGACUAAUGUUCCUAAGUAUCAGGCUUUAUGGAAGAUAUUCAAGGAAUGGCGGGUUGAAAUCAUUCAUCCAUUAUAUGCUGCUGCUGCUUUUCUUAACCCUGCUUACAUGUGUGGUGAGAAGUUCAUAGAGAAUGAUGCAAUUAAAAAUGGCUUGAAUUUCAUAUUGGAAAAAUUGGUAGGUGUUGAAGAAAAGAAAAAAUUUGUGGAAGAAAUGCUGCUCUAUCGUAACAAAGAGCCAAGGUUGUUCACUAGUAUAGCAAAGACAAUGUUGGGAACAUCUCACCCUUGUGACUGGUGGGACUAUUGCGGUGAUGUCCUUCCUGUAUUGAAGAAGUAUGCAAUUCGAAUCCUAAGCCAACCCUGCAGCACUUCGUUCUGCUGGCGGAGUUUGAGUGCAUUUAAAACUGCUCAAACUGAGAAGAGGGAGCCAUUGAUGUCUGCAGUGAUGGACGAUUAUCUAUAUUUGAGGACAAAUGCGUUACUAAUGGAGAAUUUCAACACAAUGAAAGAAAAAAUUAGGAAGCCACUUGAUCUUGAGAAACUCAGUGAACUUCCUGAUUUUUCAGAAUUUAUGAAUGAGAAUUUCACUGGUGAUCUACUGAAUGAGACCAAAUUUUCUUUAUUGGAAGAAAAGCUAAAUUGUUGGUCUGCAUCAGUGAGUAAAGACAGUGAGAGUGAAAAGUAUUUACGUCUUCAAUUUAUAACUGCACUACCAUCGAGCCUAGUUAAAGGUCACCCAGUUAAAGGUGGGACAGGAACUCCUAUUCAUGUCAUCUUGGUAGAUUCCAGUACAGGUAGGGUUGUGCAAUCUGGACCCUCGUCAAUGCUAAAGUUGAUGGUGACAGUGAUUGGAGGUGAGUUUGAUGAUGAAGCUGGUAGAAAUUGGACUAAAGAGUUCUUUGGGAGCAAUGAACUAAGGGGGCGAGAAGGGAAUAUGCCACUCUUGAUUGGUGAUCUCUCUGUGACCCUUGAUAAAGGCAUCGGGACAUUGGGUGCUAUCACUUUCAAUGAUGUAUCAAGCUGGAUGAGAAGUGGGAAAUUCAGGCUUGGAGUCAAAACUGUGUUUGAUUGGGAGGGAAUCCGUGUCCUUGAGGGCACAUCCGAUGCCUUCAUUGUGGAGGAUGGUAAGUGAUUCAAAUUUAAACUGUUGAUGACAGCUUUUAUGUUCUUUUUUCGUUGGCCUUUGCUGUUGUAGAAGGUGAGCCAUGGUUCAGGUUA